UCAAAGUGAUUUUACUCGGAUAAACCAAACCAAAACAAACGGUGAAAAACAAUCAUCAUGGCUGAUGUUGCAGUUGCUCCGAAGAAGGCCAAGGCCGCUGCUUCCAAGGGUGCUAAGAAGGCAAAGAAACCCUCCACCCAUCCACCAGUCAAUGACAUGGUGCUGGCUGCUCUCGCAACGCUCAAGGAACGCAACGGAACUUCGCUGCAGGCUGUGAAGAAGUACAUCGGUGCAAACUACAAGUGCGAUGUGGCAAAAUUGUCUCCGUUCAUUAAGAAGUCGCUGAAGAACGGAGUCGCCAAGGGUGCACUGGUUCAGACCAAGGGCACCGGUGCGGCCGGAUCGUUCAAGCUAAAGUUGAAACCGAAAGCCAAGGCUUCUGGCGAGAAGGCUAAGAAGAAGGUGGUCAAGAAACCGGCCAAAAAGUUGACCGCUGGAGUGGCCAAGCCAAAGAAGGCAACGGGCGUCAAGAAGGUCAAGCCUGCUUCGGCUGGGGGUGCUAAGAAGAAGGCAACCGGUUCGAAGCAAAAGACCACCAAGCCCUCGAAGAGCGCUGCCAAGAAGCCAAAGACCCCAAAACCAAAGAAAGCUACCGGAGCAGCGAAGAAGGUUGCCAAGAAGUAAGGUGGAUUUCGGCGUUUUUGUGUCUCGGGGGUUUGCCGAAAAAUGGGUAAGGGUUUUGCUGUAUUUUUUUUUUUGAUAACAAUCAGUCCUUUUCAGGGCUACCAAAACGAGUUAUGAGAAAGAGUUAACAAAAUUUUCUGAGGUGGGUGGGUUUUGGUUAAAGCAAAUAAAUAUAUUUGAAAUAAAUGAAAGAAAAUCCUUGGAGUGAGAAGACAGAGUUACUGAUCGGGAACAUCAUCUCAUAGUUCGCAUUUUCAUCCCAACAAAAGGUCAAAAGAAUGGCAAUCAAUUGUAGGUUUCUAAUUUUUGUGACUUUCGACAGUGAGUACGCAUGGAAAAAUAACCAUAGAAAAUUAUGCUUUAUUUUUUUGUAUCUAUUCGAGAUGAGAUUAAUUUGCUACAGUGAGAUGGCAACUGGAAAUGUUAUGCAUAUUUUCUUUGUCACUUUGGUAGGUUACAAUUUGUACUGAUACUGACAUGAGCAUUCGUUGUAUUCCUAAAUGAAUUUUUCGUUUUUAUUGCCCCAACUAGAACAAACCAAAAAUUCCUCGUACCUUGGUAGAUUCAUUUUCAGUUAAAUGUUUUUUUUAGAAUUAUUUUAAUUCGUCAUUUAUGAGAAUUAAUGACGAUUUUAAUUACGAUUAUUAUCGUUCCUGGGCUCACCUGAGACACACAUUCCACUCAUAUGGUGCGCGACAAACAUGCUUUUUCGAUUGAAUUGAAAUUUUACACCGAAUACACGAGGGUUUGGAUUGCCUAUCUUGCUUUCAGUCGAAAGCUGUAUUCAACUAUUUUUUCUAAGAAAAUUAUUUAGCUUUUUUUAGUGGAAUGUUUUCACUGUCAUAAGACGAAUUUAGCACAAUUCCAUUUAAUUCCACCACCUCGUAAUACUUUUACUCGACCUCAACUGUAAGGUCGUCUUCAGUGUCUCGUACCUGACUCGACUAUUUUUUUCUGUUGAUAUUGUGUUGAGUCCUGUGUUAGAAUGUGUGGUAGGUAAUUGGCAUGGACAAUGCAUUGCCUAUUUUAUGAAUUUGCAUUUUGGAGUUUGAACGAAAUCGCGGUUUUUUUUUUCGAGAGUCCGUGCUUGCAUAUUUUUUUUCUGGUUUGAUAUAUUUUGAAUCUAAUUGAACACAUUUUUUCAUACCAACUGUUUUUUUUUAAUGCAAGGACAUUUUGCCACUAAUAUUUUCGCGCUAAGGCAUUGCAACCUACAUUACUACCAAUUCUUCAAAGGUUUGGAACUGUUUAUUGUGUGAUUCAUUCUGCCUUAUAAAGUGUUAAAGCAAAUCAGAUUCAAUUUAUUGUUAUGCUUUGAUAGAACAAACCAUCGUUCCAUAUUUCGAUUAAAAUCUGCAAAAAAAAAACUGAAAAUAAAAGCUUCAGAUAAAUUCUAA